AUUCAUUCCUUUUCUUUUCUUUCUAUUCUUUGCCAUUUUGUUAUUUUUGCAGGUUCUUUUCGUGGUAUUGCUACCAAUUAAUGAAUAAUAUGAUGAAGUGUCGACGAGGAAGAAGCUCAAUCUCCUUGAUCAUUUUGCUUUGUUUAGUCAAUGAUUUUAUAAAUGUUUCAGAGGGAGGUGACCAAUCACAUAUUAUGAGGUUUGAAUUGAUUCACAGGCACUCCACUCGACUUGAAGAGAUGGGAAAGCCGUUUGGUGGUGGGAGGCGGCCUAAGACGACACCGCUGCUUGAGCGCAUCAGAGAGCUACUUCAUAGUGAUAUCCUUCGCCAGCAAACAAUAUCACACGAACAACAUUUAAGAUCGUCAACCGCUAAAGCGAUCCGAAGAAAGGCUUUAGAAGCAACUUCUAAUAACAGUAGUACCAAUCUAAUUCCAAGCAGCAGCCGAAACAAGAAUGGUAUUGCUUCUAUUGAAAUGCCAAUGAGUUCGGGUGCCGAUUAUGGGACAGGCCAGUACUUGGUGGUGUUGAACGUUGGAACACCCCCACAAAAGUUGAUGUUGAUUGCAGAUACCGGAAGUGACUUGACUUGGAUGAAUUGUGACUACCGGUGUCGUGGUGGUGGUCCUAAAUGUAUGUCGUCAUUGACGUCCCAUCAUCGGAAGAGGAGGGUGUUUCAUGCCGAUCACUCCCAUCAUCGGAAGAGGAGGGUGUUUCAUGCCGAUCACUCCGCCUCUUUUAGGACAGUUCCCUGCUCCUCAACAAUGUGCAAAAUCGAAUUCAUGAAUCUCUUCUCUCUUGCUCGCUGCCCCUCCUCUUUGACCCCUUGCGCCUACGAUUACAGGUACUCAGACGGGUCAGCUGCGCUGGGUUUCUUCGCCAAGGAGACGGUAACAGUUAGUCUCAGCGAUAUAAAGAAGAUGAGGCUGCAGGACUUGCUCAUCGGAUGUAGCGAGUCUCUUCGGGGCCAGAGCUUCCGGGAAGCUGAUGGUGUAAUGGGGUUGGGCUACAGCAACUACUCUUUCGCCUUAAAAGCUGCUGACAAAUUCGGUGGCAAGUUCUCUUACUGCCUGGUUGAUCACCUAAGCCCCAAAAACGUCUCUAAUUAUCUCACCUUUGGUGCUUAUGAAGAAGCAGAAGCAGAAGCAGAAGCAGCAAGGCUAAAGAGUAUGCAAUAUACCAAGCUUGUCCUGGGUGUGAUCAGUGCCUUCUAUGCUGUAAAUGUGAAGGGCGUCUCUAUUGGCGGCAUAAUGUUAAAAAUCCCAAGUGAAGUAUGGGAUGUUAAUGGUGUUGGAGGAACAAUCCUUGAUUCUGGUUCAAGCCUGACGUUCCUAACUUUACCAGCAUACCGGCCAAUAAUGGCUGCAUUAGAGGUGUCCCUGGUGAAAUUUGAAAAUUUGAGGUUAUUGGACGUAGGACCACUCGAGUACUGCUUUAAUUCUUCUGGAUUCUACGAGUCUUUGGUGCCAAGGUUAGCAUUUCAUUUUGCAGAUGGUGCACGAUUCAGACCACACGUCAAGAGUUAUGUUAUUGACGCAGCCGAGGGAGUGAAGUGCCUCGGCUUCGUAUCAACAAUUUGGCCCGGUGCUUCUGUGAUCGGCAAUAUUCUCCAACAAAACCAUCUUUGGGAAUUUGAUCUAAUCAGAAAUAAGUUGGGUUUUGCUUCCUCUACCUGCACCUGAAUUAAUGACCUGAGAGUAAGCACUCCUAUAUAUUGUGCUUGUCAUCUUAUUUCUCUAAUUACUAUAAGUUUUAAAGUGUAUCUAAGCAACUCUUCUCAUCC